AUGUGGCGCCGUCCACCGGGGCUGCUGCUCCUGCUGUUGCUGCUGCUGGCCGGCGAGUUGGGCGUGGGCGCCCGGCGGGGUCGUAGGCGCCGGGAGCUAGCACCUGCUCUGCACCAGCGCGGCAUCCGGGACGCGGCGGGCCGGUACUGCCAGGAGCGGGACCUCUGUUGCCGCGGCCGCGCGGAUGACUGCGCCCUGCCCUACCUGGGUGUCACCUGUUACUGUGACCUCUUCUGCAACCGCACCGUCUCCGACUGCUGCCCUGACUUCUGGGAUUUCUGCCUCGGCGUGCCACCCCCCUUCCCCCCCAUCCAAGGAUGUAUGCACAAGGGUCGCAUCUAUCCAGUCUUGGGAACCUACUGGGACAACUGUAACCGUUGUACCUGCCAUGAGAAAGAGCAGUGGGAGUGUGACCAGGAACCAUGUCUGGUGGACGAAGACAUGAUUAAGGCCAUCAACCAAGGCAACUAUGGCUGGCGGGCUGGAAACCACAGUGCCUUCUGGGGCAUGACCCUGGAUGAGGGCAUUCGCUACCGCCUAGGCACUGUCCGCCCAUCUUCCUCCGUCACCAACAUGAAUGAGAUUCAUACAGUGCUGGGUCCAGGGGAGGUGCUGCCCAGAACCUUCGAGGCCUCUGAGAAGUGGCCCAACCUGAUCCACGACCCUCUGGACCAGGGCAAUUGUGCAGGCUCCUGGGCCUUCUCCACAGCAGCUGUGGCAUCCGAUCGAGUCUCAAUCCAUUCUCUGGGGCACAUGACACCCGUCCUGUCGCCCCAGAACCUGCUGUCUUGUGACACGCACAACCAGCAGGGUUGCCGUGGUGGGCGACUGGAUGGUGCCUGGUGGUUCCUGCGCCGUCGAGGGGUUGUGUCUGACCACUGCUACCCAGUCUCCGGCCAUGGGCGGGACGAGGCUGUCCCCGCACCCCCCUGCAUGAUGCACAGUCGGGCCAUGGGUCGGGGCAAACGCCAGGCCACCGCGCGCUGCCCCAAUAGCUAUGUCCAUGCCAAUGACAUCUACCAGGUCACUCCUGCCUACCGCCUCGGCUCCAACGAGAAGGAGAUCAUGAAGGAGCUGAUGGAGAAUGGUCCUGUCCAAGCCCUCAUGGAGGUGCAUGAGGACUUCUUCCUAUAUAAGAGCGGUAUCUACAGCCACACACCAGUGAGCCUCGGGAGGCCGGAGCGAUACCGCCGGCAUGGGACCCAUUCGGUCAAGAUCACAGGGUGGGGCGAGGAGACGCUGCCCAACGGGAGGACCAUCAAGUACUGGACGGCGGCCAACUCGUGGGGCCCGGCCUGGGGCGAGAGGGGCCACUUUCGCAUCGUGCGCGGUGCCAACGAGUGCGACAUCGAGAGCUUCGUGCUGGGCGUCUGGGGCCGCGUGGGAAUGGAGGACAUGGGACACCACUGA